CCCACAGCCGCCGAGCAGAGCGCUGCCAUGGCGCUGGCCCGCCCUGGGACCUGGGACCCCAGGCCCUCGGCCCCUCUCCUGCUGCUGCUGCUGCUGCUGCUGCACAGAGCCCCAGUCCUCGCCCUACCGGCUGGGACGGUGCCUUCGGAGACCCCGGGCGCCUGCGCCUCAGACCCGUGCGCUCCAGGGACCAAGUGCCAGGCUACAGAGAAUGCUGGCUACACCUGUGUGCCCCCGGAGCCCCGGGGCUGUGCCAGUCAGCCAUGCCACCACGGCGCUCUGUGUGUGCCCCAGGGCCCAGGGCCUGAUGACUUCCGCUGCUACUGUGUGCCCGGAUUUCAGGGCCCACACUGUGAGCUGGACAUUGACGAGUGUGCGUCCCGGCCCUGCCACCACGGGGCCACUUGCCGCAACCUGGCUGACCGCUACGAGUGCCACUGCCCCCUCGGCUAUGAAGGCGUGACUUGCGAGACGGAGGUGGACGAGUGCGCCUCGGGGCCCUGCCUGCACGGGGGCUCGUGCCUGGACGGCGUGGGCUCCUACCGCUGCGUGUGCGCCCCGGGCUACGGGGGCGCCAGCUGCCAGCUGGACCUGGACGAGUGCCAGAGCCAGCCGUGCGCACACGGGGGCGUGUGCCGCGACCUGGUCAAUGGGUUCCAGUGCGACUGCGCGGACACGGGCUACGAGGGCGAGCGCUGCGACCUGGAGGUGCUGGAGUGCGCGUCGGCGCCCUGCGCGAACAACGCGUCCUGCCUGGAGGGCCUCGGGAGCUUCCGCUGCCUCUGCUGGCCAGGCUACAGUGGCGAGCGGUGCGAAGUGGAUGAGGACGAGUGUGCAGUGGGCCCCUGCCAGCAUGGGGGCCGGUGCCUGCAGCGCUCGGAUCCGACCCUCUAUGGGGGCGUCCAGGCCACUUUCCCCGGUGACUUCAGCUUUCGCCAGGCUGCUGGCUUCGUGUGCCGCUGCCCUCCAGGCUUUGAGGGGAACGACUGUGGCGAGGAUGUGGACGAGUGUGCCUCACGGCCGUGCCUCAGUGGAGGCCUCUGCCAGGACCUGCCCAAUGGCUUCCAGUGCCACUGUCCAGACGGCUACACAGGCCCGACAUGUCAGGAAGACAUGGACGAAUGCCUGUCAGAGCCCUGCCUCCACGGUGGGACCUGUGAAGACACCGUGGCAGGCUACAUCUGUGGGUGCCCCGAGGCCUGGGGUGGACCGGAUUGUUCUGUGCCACUCACCGGCUGCCAGGGCCACACUUGCCCACCGACUGCCACCUGCAUCCCUACCUUCGAGUCAGGGGUUCACAGUUACACCUGCCGCUGCCCACCUGGUACCCAUGGGCCUUUCUGUGGCCAGAAUACUACGUUCUCCAUGGUGGCUGGGAACCCUGUACGGGCUUCGGUGCCAGCAGGCAGCUCCCUAGGUCUGGCCCUGAGAUUUCGUACCACGAUACGUGUGGGUGCCUUGGCCACAUGCUCUGACACUCAAGGCAGCGUGGAGCUGGCACUGGUGGAGGCCAGGCUUCAGGCCACACUCCACGGCAAGAAUGUGCUCGUCCUGAGGCUGCUGGAACCACCUCUCAGUGAUGGCCACUGGCACCGAGUGGAGGUGACGCUCCGCCUGGGGCUCCUGGAGUUGCGGCUCUGGCACAAAGGCUGUCCUGCCCGGCUCUGUGUGGCCUCCAGUCCCGUGGCCACAGCUGCCCCGGCCCCCACGCCUGCUGGGUCCCGCUUCACCCAGCUGGGCGGCGUGGCUUUUGCGGGCUGCCUCCAGGAUGUGCAGGUGGAUGGGCAUCUGCUGCUGCCCGAGGACCUUGGCGAGAACGUCUUCCUGGGCUGCCAGCACCAGGAGCACUGCCAGCCUCCGCCUUGUGCCCACGGAGGGGUCUGCGUGGAUCUGUGGACUCACUUCCAUUGUGACUGCCCCCGGCCCUACAGUGGUCCCACAUGUGCUGAUGAGGUUCCUGCUGCCACCUUUGGCUUGGGGGGCACCCUGAGCUCUGCCUCCUUCCUACUCGACCGGCUGCCAGGCCCGAACCUCACCGUGUCCUUCCUCCUCCGCACCCGGGAACCCGCUGGCCUUCUGCUCCAGCUCACCAACGAUUCAGCUGCUGGCCUGACAGUGUUCCUGAGCGAGGGCCAGAUCCGGGCGGAGGCGCUGGGCAGUCCUGCUCUGGUGCUCCCGGGGCGCUGGGAUGACGGGCUCCAGCACCUGGUGACACUCAGCUUCGGGCCUGAUCAGCUGUGGGGUGUGGGGCAGCAGGUGCACGUGGGCGGCAGGCUCCUCCCUGCUGACGCUGAGCCCUGGGGUGGGCCCUUCCGAGGCUGCAUGCAGGACGUGCGACUCAACGACCUCCACCUCCCCUUCUUUCUACCACUGCUGGGUAACUCCAGCCUGCCCAGCGUGCCCGGCCGCGGGCAGUCCUGGAACCUCACCAUGGGCUGCGUCUCUGAGGACACAUGCAAUCCUGAGCCCUGUCUCAAUGGUGGGACUUGCCUUGUCACCUGGAAUGACUUCCACUGCACCUGCCCUGCCAACUUCACCGGGCCCACGUGUGCCCAGCAGCUGUGGUGUCCUGGCCAGCCCUGUCUCCCUCCUGCCACCUGUGAGGAGGUCCCUGAUGGCUUUGUCUGUGUGGCGGAGGCCACGUUCCGCGAGGGACCCCCGGCGGAAUUCAGCGGGCACAACGCGUCAUCGGGCAGCGCGCUCAGCGGCCUCUCGCUGGUCUUCCGCACGCGCGACUCCGAGGCAGGGCUGUUGCGCGCUGAGGACGGCCCGGCCGCCGUGUGGCUGGCGGUGCGCAACGGCUCGCUGGCGGCAGGCGUGUGCAGCGGCCCCGGUUUGCCCCGCGCGGUGCUGCCAGCGCCCGGGCCGCGUGUGGCCGACGGCGCCUGGCACCGCGUGCGCCUGGCCAUGGAGCAGCCCGAGGCCGCCGCGUCGCGCUGGCUGCUCUGGCUGGACGGCGCGGCGACGCCGGUGUCGCUGCGUGGCCUGGCCGGCGACCUGGACUUCCUGCGCGGCCCGGGCGCCGCGCGCGUCCUGCUGGCCGAGAACUUCACGGGCUGCCUGGGCCGCGUGGCGCUCGGCGGCCACCCGCUGCCCUUGGCGCGCCCGCGGCCCGGCGCGGACCCCGGCUCCCGCGAGCCCUUCUCGGCCCGGCCCGGAGCGCCCGCCCCGCACCUCGGCUGCCGCGGCGCUCCGGUGUGUGUCCCCUCGCCCUGCCUGCACGGCGGCGUCUGCCGCGACCUCUUCGACGCCUUCGCUUGCGCCUGCGGCCCGGGCUGGGAGGGCCAGCGCUGCGAGGACCGCGCCGACCCGUGUCGCUCGGCGCCCUGCGCCCGCGGCCGCUGCCACGCGCACCCUGACGGUCGCUUCGAGUGCCGCUGCCCGCCUGGCUUCGCAGGCCCGCGCUGCAGGUUGCCUGUCCCACCAGAGGGGUGCAGUCUGAACAUCACCUGUCUCAAUGGUGGCCAGUGUGAGGAGGGUCCCCAGGGGGCCAACUGCAGCUGCCAGGAGAGCUUUGCUGGGCAGAGGUGUCAGAUCCCCUGUGAAGCCAACCCUUGCUUGAAUGGGGGCACCUGCCGGGCAGCUGAUGGGGUGUACCAAUGUAUCUGCAAUGCCAGGUUCUCAGGCCAGUUCUGCGAAGUGGUGAAGGGCCUACCGCUGCCGCUGCCGUUCCCGCUGCUGGAGGUGGCAGUGCCUGCGGCCUGCGCCUGCCUCCUCCUCCUCCUCUUGGGCCUCCUCUCAGGGAUCCUGGCGGCCAGAAAGCGCCGCCAGUCAGAGGGCACCUACAGCCCGAGCCAGCAGGAGGUGGCCGGAGCCCGGCUGGAGAUGGACAGCGUCCUCAAGGUGCCGCCCGAGGAGAGACUCAUCUAGGCCCACCUUGCUGCAGCUCCAGGCCCUGUGAGGGCCUCGAUUUCUACCUGGAGACCCAAGGAGGCCACUUCUGGGAGCCUGCAGGGAAAUGGCUGGCCCCUUCUUAGCCUUGGAGAGCUGCUACAGGGCUCAGGAUACCUGCUGGGAAGUGUCCCCUUUGCCAGGAGCCCCUGCCCCUGCCCCUUGCUGGGCUGAGGGGAAGGGGCGUGCUCAGGGAAACAGAGGAGCCUGUGAGGUUGUGGACAUUCACUGUCCAGCUGCUAGGUCUCGCCUCGGCAGAUGCACGACUGUGCUGGGAGAAGCACCUGUGGGUGCACACGAUGUGUUUUGGUGUGUGUGUGUGUGUAUACGUACCUGUGUGUGUGUGUGUGUACCCGGGCCUGUUGAUCUGCAGAUACCUGUGUGUUAGGGAUGGGGUUGUGGGCAUUUGCCCUUGUUUGUGCACGUGACCUCCUUGUUUGUGCAUGUAAUCAUGUAGUGGGUGCAGCUGGCCCCACGGAGAAGCAGCUGGGCGGAGGAGACCACCUUCUCAGUCCUGGGACAGGGGCGGCCCAGGGCCAUGAGUGCUCCUGGAGGCCAGGCCAGGGCUGGCCCAAUGACCAGAGCCCCACCUCUGGCAGCUUCUCCCACCUCCCACCUCCGGAUGCCUGGAGUCAGCUGGAAAUCAGCAGGAUAGGGGGCAGGAGCCAGAGGUUAAUGUAUGAGCUCCCGGUUCCCCAAACAGAUGCUCCUGGAGGGAGAUUCGACUCUGCCCUGCACUGGAGCCAGGCGCUGUCUGGGAUGUGGACUACGGGGCAGACCUGCAGGAGCUGGGGGGGGAGUUGGGGGGUAGUGUCUGGGCCCACGCAGUCUGCCUCCUGCGGGCCUGUCGCUCGGAGAGCAGCCCUGGCCUGCCUCACAGGGCUGUUGUGAAGAUGGUGGGUGACUAUGGGGAAGGAUGGGGCUCUGGGAUUCGUUACAGUCUACUCUGCUGUGGGGCUACCCGGGUUGUCCUUUUAGGUGUCGGGAAGGGAGAGGGAGAGCGCGGCGAAGGGGCCUUCCUGAGGGGCAGCCAGGGGCCGAUGAGGAUGGAGGAGCCAUCCUCCCUGCCCACCUUGUGCUUCUCCAGCUCCUCCCGCACCAGCAAGGUUGCUCCUUCACCUGCAGACCAGUCGCCUCCCUAACGGUCGCUGGGAGGAUUUGAGGAGAGGACGCGCAGGAAGCCCUCAGGGUUGUUCCCUGAGGCAGGUGCUUAGCAAACAUUGGCACCGCCUCUGUGUUGGGGCUGGUCCUGUGGACAGACACAGAUGGGGAAGAGCUGGCUGCUUUGCUUCCGGCCCCUUCCCUGGUGAUGCCGCCACAGUGGGAUCUCUGACAGGCACCUGAGGGCCUGGCCUCUGAGCUUCAGAGUCCCUUUUUCCCUGACCUGGAGAUGUUCCCUUUGGUCCUUCCUGUUUCCCAGGCCAGCGCCCCCUGUGCCAAGACCAGGAGACCCCUUUCCACUUCUCGAUUGGAGGUCGACCUUACCCAGCCCCCCCAGGGGUCUCAUCCAACUUCCAGAGGCACAGGAAUCACUGGGAGGUGGAGCCAUGCGGUCGGGAUGGGGUGGGAGGGCUGAGGCUGAGCACUAGGCUCCAGGGGCUUGCUUGGUCCUUAGCCUGGAGAAGGUGGGACCAACUUUCCUUGUGGCUCCUGGGAAAGGCAGGGAGAAAACAUCUGUUACCACGACCUUAGCCAAGCUGCUGCCUUGAUUAGUUCAUCAAGUCAGAGAUUUGGCAAACCUGUGUUUUUGCAGAUUCCUAAGACAAGACAUUCUGGGUGGAACCCCAGUGUAUAAAAGCUGGGUGGUUCUUUUUUGUCCUCCUCUUGUUCCUGAGAGUUCUGAGAAUUUGUAAUUUUCAAGCACAGACUGGGAGGGAGACACAGACAGAAUGAUGGGCAGGUGGGGGUAGGGGGUGGGGACAGUUAAGGGUGGGGACACCCUUAACAUCCACUCUGGGUGCUUGGUCCAACCCAGCCAAGAGAGGUGCAGUUUCCAAGGCUCUGCCCUUGCUAUUAAGAGGUGGUUCCAGGUAUCCCCUUGAGCUUGACUUUUCCUGGAGCCAAGAUGCCUUUGACAUCACUGGUGACCUAGAGCCCUGCUGUGUGGGGCCCGGCAGCCCUGUGCCCAACCAUGACCAACCUACCCUUCAGAGGCCUGACUGGGAAAAGGCUUUGACCUGGGGGUGGGCCAGGGUCAAAGCCUUCCUGACUGCUCCAUGGACCCCGCCUCUACCUCUACAAACGCAGAUACCGAAGGUUCCCCGAGGUGGAGUCCCCUCCCUUCAGAGCUUCCUCAGGACACAGGGAUACCAGCUUCUCUCCAAGAAGAUUUUAUUGAACGCACACACAAAAUUCAUCCUUGGAUUUGCAGAUUCAAUCCAGCAAGGGAAGAGACAGCAGUGCUCUUGUGAACAUGGUGCUCUUGCCACCGGCCCCAGCCAGGGAGACCAUGGGGUGGGCUCGGCUUCCCUGAGGCCACCGAGCACCUCUUGCCUUAAGACUCUGCCCGCCGAGUGCGCAACCCUGUCCUGACGGGGCUCGGGGGUCUGCCCAGGAUGGAUCUACAAUCUCUGCUGAAACAUCUGAGUGUCCUAGAGGCACCCGCGUGGCCCAGGCGUAACAUAGCGCCCUGCUUCCGGCGGCCAGAGGACAUUGCCGAGACUGAAAGAGAGGACUUGCCCCAGGGGCUGGGACUGCUGAAGGCGCUUGUGCGGGGCCAGCAGCCCUUCACACCCCACGCUGUCGGAGCAAACCUCAGGGCUGGGCCUCGCUCACUCACGGGUGGGGGUGGUCUCCCAGUCCCUCAGAUGAUGACAAGGCUCCCUGGGGUUUUUGGGGCCUCUAGAAACCCCCUUGCCCCCACAGACAGCCCUGAGACUGUAUGUCUGACCAUUCACAAAUAGGAAAUGAGAAAUCAGGUCAAAAUGUUCACAAUUUCCUGGAUGUCUCAGAUGGUUGUUUUCUUAAAUGGUUGGGCCAUAUUUUAACUUGGUUUAUUGAAAUUAGUCAAUUUCAAGAUUCCAUCAAAUCAAUAAAAGUAAAAAGGAAAAGAAAGAUAAAAGAAAUAAUAACAAAA